AUGGGAAUAGGCUCACAAGCCGCACGCUCACGUCUGAUGUUCGAUCCGCUGACGGAGUUGCCGAUUUUGGAGAAAUGGUUUGAAGAAAAUCCACAUCCGACGUGGAUGCAAAUCGAUCAGUACACACAAAUGCUGAACGGUUGCCCCUACCGGGAGAACUAUCCUCAUAUCAGUCAACAUAAUGUCAAGAUCUGGUUCAAAAACCGUCGCGCAAAGUGCAAGCGCAUGCAGACGGGCAUGGUCGAGAAGCUGGAGAAAUUGUUCGCGUGA